AUUAAAUUCAACAAAAAUUAAAAUUAUUAAUUUUCGAAAUUAUUUUUAUUGCUUUAAACUACGUCAAUCAGUACACAUAUCUCAAUCACAAUUUAAAAUUACAAAAUAAAAAUUUUCAAAUAUCAUUCUUAAAACUAUAAACGAGGCACUUUAAUCGCUUAGAGUCUUAAUAAACAGUGCACACAAAGAAAGCACAAGCCAAAAACGUAUCAAUUCACACAAAUCAACUGGAAAUGAGUACUGAAUAAACAACAAAUAGGGAAUAAAAACACAGCAGGUCAAUGCGCACAAAUCAAUUUUAUUGCAAGAAAGAAUGAAAGAAAACAAAAGGAGGACAACAGUUAAUAAUGAAGUUUUGUAAAAACAAAAACAAAAAACGAACAAAAAUAAAGCAACAACAAAAGUGGCAAAUAAAUAACUAACACGAAUGCAGUGCGAUUUAUAGGAAGAACAAGCAGUAGAAGGAAGAAGUGUCGGGCUGCAAGCGGCACACAACCAGGUGACAGGAAAAGAAUUAUUUCACAGAGCGGCGCAGCGAACGAAACUGCAUAUCCAAUUACGAAAGUAGCAACAUGCAUUUACCCGCACGCACGUACAUGCAAUUGCAUAUAUUUAUGGAUACACAUAUAUAUGUAAAUGUAUUUAUGCAACAUAUUUACAUUGCACAUGAGUAUAGUCUCAUAAGCAGGGCUUGGCGAGCGUUUAACCGAGCAUAUAUUGCAUAUUGAAAUUUCGCAAGCAAUAAUUUGUUUCUUCAAAGACAGAAUACUGUGAAAGCGUCGUUGCUGCAAGGCGCUAUCAAACGAACUAAGGCUCACAAUAUUCUAGCUAAAGCUAGACUAGCCUUAUGAUGACUGGCAUAAGCUUCAAGCCAUUGUUUUUUUUUUUUGUUUAAUUUUACAUACUCGCUUGCGAUCAGCUGAGCGUCUUUUACACGCAACACAAACAAAAUUUACAACAACAAAAAUUACAAAACUGAAAUUUAGCCUUUUUUAUUUGUUUUUUUAAUUUUGUUUCGCUGAAAUGUGUUUCGGUUGUUGCUGUCAACAGAGCACCGUUAUGCGUGCUUCCAGCUCUUUUUUCCGCAUCUGAAAGCGACACGGCAACGCAUAUGCAAGCAUAUUUGCUUCGCUCAUUCACAGCUGGCAGCUUUCGCACUUUCUCACCCGCUCGGCUGUGACUUUGUAAGCCGAAUUUCUUUAAUUCUGUAGCCACUCUUUGGCAGUGCAGCGCUUGUUUGUUGGUACUGAGUCGGCCUAUCUCUCGCCCAAACGCACAAUCCACACUUUGGUUCCACUUGUGUGCACACGCGCACACAAACACUCGCAGCGCGCUUCACUCUUUUCUCACUUUCUGCUGUCUCUCCAACACUUACCAAACACUUCUUCGGCGCAUCUCUUACAAUUUACAAUAUUCGCCUGGUUUCCAUGUGUGCAUAAGUUUUGCUUUGGCCAUGGCCAUGAACGUGUCCACACAAAAGAACUUGUUGCUGCGCGGCGUCAGCUACUGUGCGCCGUUAGCGUCAUCGUCCGCGCCGACGCACAGAGUCACAUUUGUCGUUUUAGUGGAACAAGUGCUUGCUUACAGCAGUCGCUUUCGUUGCAUCUGUCAGCGUUUGCGUCGCACUUACCGUUCGCCGUAGUUCACAUACACACUCGCAUUUCUGUGCUUCCAUACACUCGCCUCAUUGCUGGCGUCGUUUGGUCAUUACCACUGUCUUUGGCUGGCAUUUAGUGUUGGGCACUUCUUCGCUACAACUUCAGUUGCUGUUUUACAUUCGGUUUUGACUGUCGUGUCGUAUUGCUUGCGCAGUGCCGUCGUUAAGCCGUUAUCACUGUCGGCGCUUAGCGAGCAUAAGAAAGUUGCUGUUACCCGCAGUUGUAAAGACCAUCAGUAAUUUAGUUGCUCGUGCGACUUUUACCCAAACUGUUGCUUGAAAUUUCUAUACGUAAAAAAUGCUGAAAAACAAUAAAAAAUAAAAAUUAAUAAAAAUUGCCUAAAAAGAAAAACUUGGGCUUCAAAAAGAGUGUCUUACAAUACUGCAAAAACAACGGCAGAAUAUCAGAAAAAGCUACCAACCAAACCAGCAACAGUGAAACCUACAAAAAAAAAAGCUAAAAAAAAGUAACACAACAACAAAUUCAUUUAUCUUUGAAACCAGCUGAGCAACGCAUCCGCAUUUUUCGAACGAUUUCUCAAGCAACAAAUGCCACAAAUCGCGCUAUCGCCUGCGCACGCACCAAACUUCACCCCCAGCUGGUGCCGCUACAACUACAACAACAACAACCACAACAACGGAGUGGUGGUCCAGUUCUUGCAACAAGCAACACGCGGCACAACAACGAGGCAAGAAGUGACUAUGGGUAAGGCAUCAUACAACAGUUUCGCUGUAUAAUUGCAGCAGGAGGAUAAUAUAACAACAAUAACAACUAUAGAAAUACGCAAAAGCAUUUAAGUCAAGCGACGAAGAGUCAAAGGCAAGCAACCGACGACUAACAAACUGCAUUUGAGGCCACAGCAUUUUGCGCCUCACCACACAGACCCAGCAACAAGUCCACGCCGACUGAAGAAAUAGCUAAAGGCGAAAUUGAAAACGCAAACAAAGCAACAAAUAGUUGACAGCGAAAACGUUAAGCAAACUGGCGCGCAUGCGCUGUAAAUUGUAUAUUUAAAUUGGCAGUCAACACAUACGCACACACAUACACACACACAACUGCAACGUGUUGCAUGCAUGCAGCUGCAUUGAAGCCACAUAAGCGUACACAACGGCAGCGCACAGCAUCAUCUGCAGUUGCCACAUCGGCGAUAGCAGCGCAAAAAUCUACAACAAAACAACAACAGCAAACAAAGCGCCAAACACUUUACACUGUGCAGCGCGCAAGUAGCAACAGAGUUAGUCAGUUGGCCGCACAGCUUUGUGGCACAAGUGUAGACGCGAGCAGCAUUGGAACGCAGCUUCUCAGUCAGCAUCGGCUGUCAACAAUAUACGCGCCGUCUUAUCUCCCUCUUGACCUGCAUGAUGGGCACAAUACGUCAAAUAAAACCAACCGCUUUUCCACCGCCUGCCUGCCACACAACUGCCCAUGCCACAGCCGCAACUGCUACGAGUACGUCAAACAGGAAUUCAACUUCAAACAUGUCAAGUAAAUAUAGUGCAAAUAAUGCAAACAAAAUAGUGGCAACAACAACUUAUAACACAAAAAUAACAAGAGUAAAGGUGCUGCUUUCAUCUUUUCAAAAUACAUUGAGCAACACAACGCAGCAAGAACAACAAGAGCAACACCUGCAUCCAAACAAAAACAACAACAAUACAACACUAUGGCAACCGCUAAAAGCUGUUGUUGCAUCGCUGCUACCACUACUGCCGCUGCUGGCGUUUCUACUUCUGCUCAGUGACAGUGCAACUCCAACACAGGCGACGCCCGUUUUUGUCGACAAUCCGAGUUUAGCACAAUUUCAAUCUGGUCGAAAUAUUCGACAUUUACCCUGCAUUGUACGAAAGUCUGGACGCUCGGGUGUUUGUAUGUUCGCUAUUGAUUGUAUUAAACAGAAUGGCACACAUUUAGGCACGUGCAUAGAUCGCUUCUAUUUUGGUUCAUGUUGUCAGCUGAAGGAUGACGCAACACUUUUCGCGCCCGAAAUCAGUGACAAUAGCAUCGACCAAAAUACGAUUUCACAUUUUCCCCACGAGUCGACUACACUGCCCACGAGCACACUGUUCAAACUCACCACUACCGGUCCACACCACACAGUACAAAGUAGCAGCAACAGUAUUAGCGAAACGGUGAGGAAUGUAACGCAAAGCUAUUUACAACAGAACAGUCACCUUCACGGCGCUAAUGGCAGUAGUAGCAACAUUAAGGGAGAUACAACACCCAUCACAAACACGAACAGUCCAAAACCAGUUAGGGUGACCACAACAACUGCACCGAAACGUCCACCAGUGCAUACAACACACAAAACGUCACAAUUUGUAGUGCGUACUACAGCCAAACCAACUGUUGCACCAACAACAAUAAAGCCACCACGACGCAAAACUACAGUUGCGCGACCUGUUCUCACCACCACCUCAAGCACACAACUAGAUACACUAGUGGAGGUCAGCACACAGCCACCGAAAUUCUUCACCUUUCAGAUUGUAGAGACCACUACGCCCUCGGCUACGGAGGGUAAUAUCAAGUUAGAUGAAGUGGCCACCACACAACGGCCGGUGCACACUACGAAUCGCUAUCGACCACGUCCGACAACUACCGAAGUGCCUACACAGUUUGUAACUACCACACUUAAGCCAUCUGACCCGGUACGAUUUACCACAAGACCCAGACCCUUGAUUAACCGACGACCCACGACUAGUCGUAAACCGACGCAGACAAAGCCACGUCCAUUGUCAAGCGCUAAGCCCACGAGGCGGCCAGUGGAUGCCGACGCCAACGAAGCGGUGAAACCAAUUUUACUCAAUGUUACCACAACAACUGGCAGCGGCGCCGUGGCAACAACGCAUCGUCGUCCAACACCGACACCGGCUACAACCAUAAGCAGUGAUGAGUUACCGACCACGGUCCAAGAAGCUAAAGUGCCACAGUCAGCCGAGUCGGUAUCACAAACGACACUUGCGCCAAGACCACGACCUCAGCCAACAGCAGAGAUUGUGAAGGUGCCCAAGCCAACUGCCGACGGUGGCCCUACAACGGUAUCACCGGCACCAACUACUUCUACAACUACAACUGCUGCGCCCACAACAACAAGAGCUGCAACAAAGCGUCCAAGUAGCACACAUACAACAACACGCACGAAACCAACAACGCCUAGCACCACCACAACCACCCCUACACCAAGAACAACUACAACGCAGAAAGCAACCACGCCAAAGCCAACAACGUCGAAACCGUAUAGAACCACUACAACUACGACGACGACAACCACCACAACUACAAAAGCACCCAUCAGCAGCACCACACCAAAAUCACCGACAUUGACCACAGAGUAUUCUAAAGUAGAGGCGCCAGCGCUUGAGCUAACAACAACAACGCCUGGUUUGAUAACAUGGACGAAUGUGGACAAUGAGCCGACGACUAUUAAUGCAACUAUCGAGUGGGGUCCACCACCAACUGCCCUCACGCCAGAUAUUAGUAACAAAACAACAGAUUCACCAGUCAUCACAAAUGCCACAGUUUUCACCACAUCAUCGCCACCCAUCACCAGCACCAUGAUAUCCGUUUCAACCAGUAUUAGUGAAAUUAUGAACAACAUAACCUCAAUUAUGCCCAAACCAGAGCGUCCAUCAUCGGUGAUGAGCACACGACCACCCAAACCGAAGCCCACCAAAACUACGGAGAGUCCCGCGCCGAGCACGACGACUACACAAAGUAGUACGAGCACCUCCACAACCACGUCUACAACAACAACAGCGAAACCGACACCGAAACCCACAAUCCCGUCAACAACAAGCACCACAACAACCACCACAACCACUUCCACCACAACAACAACAACUGAGGCACCUAUCGAAUUGGUGGAGGAAUCAUCAACAACCAGCGCCGAGCAAAGCACAGAAGGUUUCUCAACCACCGGCAGUGGUAUCUUUGGCACCACCGAUUACAGCACCGAGGAUUUUAAUACCACAUUGUCGUCUUCGACAUCGGCGCCGGUGAAUUCGCUGGAGGGUAUGGAUUACAGACAAAUUUGUGGUCGUCGCAUGUUCCCCGAACCGCGCAUUGUGGGUGGCUCGAAUGCUGCUUUCGGACGUUGGCCUUGGCAGAUAUCUCUGCGACAGUGGCGCACCUCGACUUAUCUGCAUAAAUGUGGCGCAGCGUUAUUAAAUGAAAAUUGGGCCAUUACAGCGGCGCAUUGUGUGGAAAAUGUACCGCCAUCUGAUCUCUUGCUGCGUAUGGGAGAAUACGAUCUGGCGGAGGAGGAGGAACCGUACGGUUAUCAGGAGCGACGUGUGCAAAUUGUGGCCUCUCAUCCACAAUUCGAUGCGAGAACUUUCGAAUAUGAUUUGGCGUUACUGAGAUUCUAUGAGCCAGUAGUCUUCCAACCCAACAUCAUACCGGUUUGUGUGCCCAACAGUGACAUCGAUUUUGUUGGUCAAACGGCAUUUGUCACCGGCUGGGGGCGACUAUACGAAAACGGCCCGCUGCCAAGCGUGUUGCAAGAAGUUGCUGUGCCAGUCAUCAACAACACAAUCUGUGAGUCUAUGUACCGUGUAGCCGGUUUCAUUGAACACAUACCACACAUUUUCAUCUGCGCGGGCUGGAAGAAGGGCGGCUAUGAUUCUUGUGAAGGUGACUCUGGUGGUCCAAUGGUGCUGCAGCGCGAAGACGACAAACGCUUCCAGCUGGGCGGCGUCAUCUCUUGGGGCAUUGGCUGUGCGGAGGCCAAUCAACCGGGCGUUUAUACGCGCAUCUCCGAGUUUAGAGAUUGGAUAAAUCAAAUACUGCAGUUUUAAGGCAAACAAAAAACACAACGAUUAUACCUAUACCUAAAUACAUAACUAUGUUUGUAUUGUAUUUAUAGAGUAGCGAAGAUUUUAGUAUUUAGUAUUUAAAUAUUUUUUUUAUUUUAUUAGUUUAAACGACUACACAAAACAAUAAAUUUCUCCUUCUCUCUAAAGCACACUCAGUAACGCCCAGUUAAUAGAAAUUUUACAGCUACAAGCAAAACGGUAACGGUAAAUGAAGAAUGCAUUUAGUAAAUAUUUACAAUUAUCACUAGGUCGCCACACACUGGCAUUUAUGUACGUGUGUGUGUGAAAUAUUAAGAAAAAGCAAAACUCGUGCUUUGGUUCUAGCCAAUACAAACAACGGUGAGCCGCUUCCCCACCCAUUCAGCUUAACAGCUAUAAUCAAAGCAACGACUUGCCUGAAUUUUCGUUUCCCCUUCAUAGAUGGACACAAAUAUCCAACAACAAUAAGCACAUGCGUUAAAAAAAUUUUAGUUUUAAAUAAAUAAAAUUAAUAAAUAUGUGAUUUUUCCUGCAAAAUAUUCAUAAAAUCAUAAUUUUAUAAUGAACAUUUUUUUUAGACAAGCAUAAACUUACAUACAAAAAAAAAUCUUAAACAAUUUUUACGCGCAUUUUUUUGCAUUUCACGGCUUUUAAAAAAUUAUUUUAUAUAAAUAAAAUAACAUAGUGUUAACAAGCAUAUUGUCUAUUUAUAUACAUACAUAUAUUUCAUUAGUUAUAUGUAAAAUAAUAACAAAAAUAUUACCGUUAGCAUUAUUCAUAUUGUACAUACAUUGAUAUUUAAAUAGUUGUUAAUUAAUUGAAAAAAAAAACAAACAAAAAAAAC